UGUGCUACACCCUCUCCCUCCUCCUCCUCCUCCCCCUGCCCGCCCCCCAAGGGCCCUAUAAAUAUCCCCAGAAGGCGGGCUGCUCUCCAGAGCUCUCUGCUCAGGCUCUGAGGCAAGGACGGUGUGCCAAGCGGCUGUGGCCACUGAGGCAGGGCAGGGCAGGACCGAGCAGGACAGGUGGUCGUCACGGGCACCAUGGCCAGCGAGCUUAAGAAGAAGAUUUUUUGGAGGGCAGUGGUGGCCGAGUUCUUGGCCAUGAUCCUCUUCGUGUUCAUCAGUAUUGGAUCGGCCCUGGGCUACAACUACCCGGUGGAGGGCAACAAGACCUCCGGGGCCAUCCAGGACAACGUGAAGGUCUCCUUGGCUUUCGGCCUCAGCAUCGCCACGCUGGCACAGAGCGUGGGCCACAUCAGCGGUGCCCACCUCAACCCGGCCGUCACCCUGGGCCUCCUGCUCAGCUGCCAGAUCAGCAUCCUUCGGGCACUCCUGUACAUCAUCGCUCAGUCUGUGGGGGCUAUUGUGGCCACGGCAAUCCUCUCGGGCAUCACCUCCGGUCUCCCUGGCAACACCCUGGGGCUCAAUGGGCUCGCCAAGGGAGUCAAUUCAGGCCAGGGGCUGGGCAUCGAGAUCAUUGGCACCUUGCAGCUGGUGUUGUGUGUACUGGCCACCACGGAUCGCAGGCGUCACGACAUCACCGGCUCUGCUCCGCUGGCGAUCGGCCUCUCGGUCGCCCUGGGUCACCUCCUCGCGAUUGAUUACACCGGCUGCGGCAUCAACCCCGCUCGGUCCUUCGGCUCAGCGGUCAUCGCCAACAACUUUGAGCACCACUGGAUUUUCUGGGUGGGGCCCUUCAUUGGGGGUGCCCUGGCUGCGCUCAUCUACGACUUCAUCCUGGCCCCUCGCAGCAGCGAGCUCACCGACCGCAUGAAGGUGUGGACCAGCGGGCAGGUGGAGGAAUAUGAUCUGGAUGCUGAGGACCUGAACUCCAGGGUGGAGAUGAAGCCCAAGUAGAGGCAGCCUGCGCAGAGUGGGGGAGG